AUGGACAUGGGAAUGGCCGACGGACUCGCCCACUCUCCAGUUGUCCCACACGAGGCCUUGCCAAGGUCAGACAUGAGAACCUGCUCCGCCAUCCACCAACCAGAGUCUGAGGCUUUGCUCCGCGGCUGCUGA